AUGGAUUAAUUUGCUCUAGGUCUCUUUCCUCUAAUAUAUGCUGGCUAUGCAUAAAUGAAAAUCAAAAAUUACAAAUAAAUAAGAAAUAAACCAGAAACUAUUGCAUUAAAAGUCAAAAUUGGAUUUCAACUCUAAAUCGCCAUUGUUCAAAUAAUUGAAUUAAUCUUAGCACUUUUCAAUAAAGACUUAUUAUCUGCUUUGUGUUGUCUUUUCAUAAUUAUUGGAUUGUUUUACUCAUUUGGGAUCACAGUUAUCUUUCACAAUGAACCUCUCUUAAACUUUUUACCUUUCAUUUGUCUAUUCAAUUUAAUUUGCAAUGAAACUAUACUCAAAUUAUUUGAUUUCCUUAGUUUAAUUUUAUCAUCCCUUUUAGUUAUCUAUCAACGAUAAAGAGGUGAUGAUCCUUUAGAAUAUAGUAAUCAUAUUUAUAAUUACAUAUUAUAGAUCCAUUUUGUGAAUUCUUUGAAUCAUAAGAUAGUUUCAUUGCAUAAUAUUUAAUCUUAUUGAAGUUUUAACCAAAUACCUAUUCAGAAGAAAUUGAAUUACAUGAAUUAAAUGAAUAAACCACAGUCUAAGAUCCCCUACUACUUGCAAAUUAAUAAAUCUAAAAUACUUAAUAACAACAUACCUAAAAUACUUAAUAACAACAUCCAACUACUUAAGUGGCUUAAUUCUUAAUUAAUUAAACUAGAUAAUCAAAUAAAUUAGAUAUUAAACAUCCUGAACCAGCUAUUAUGGAUAUCAUAUUUUCAAAGGAUGAAGAAGAUAUUUGGGAUAAAUAAAUUGAAGUUGUUGAUUCACCAAAAUAAAUGAAUAAAAGAAAAGUUCGAUAAUCUUAAGUAAUAAUUGAAGAGAAUUCUUAAUCAGAAGAAAUCUCUUAUCCAUCAUUUAAAGACGAUAUACCUAAAACAAUUAUUAUCCAUCAAUCCUCUGAAAAGCGAUCUUUAUCUCAAAAAGAAAUAUAAUAAGAACCUUAUUUUCAAUAUAUACAAGAGCACUAAUAAAUUAUUCGUUCUGAUAAUGAAAUGGAUAAAAAUAACAUUGUAGAAAAUAGAAAUAUUUAAUAAGAUUAAUUGGAUGAAUUAAAAUCUUAUGAACACCAAUCAUCUAAUGAAGUUUAAACAGAAAUUUUAUAAUAAAAUGUCAUCUAAAUUGUUGAUAUUGAUAAAUUUGGAGGAGCUGAUAGUCCAAUAAAAUAGGAACCUAUACCUCAAAUUUAAUAACCAUUUCCUUAUGUAGAAGAUAAUGAAUAUCCGGAUAAGCUGAUUGUAAUACCUUAAUAAAUUCAAUAAGAGUUGAAUAAGAAAAAAUAGCUAAAGAAAAAGAAAUAAAAAGAUGAAGGGUUAAUUGCUAAAAAAAAUAGAAUGAUGAAACGAAUUAAAAGUUUUGAAGAAUUUUAAGAUAAAAAUGAUGAUAAUAAAUCUUAAAAUAGUGACUUAUAUGAUGAUAAAAAAAGUGAUUUUGAAAGAUACAAAGAUGAAGUUAGCUCUGCAACUUUAUCUGAAGAUGAAAGUGAAAGCGGAGUAUAUGUGUAACAAAAAAUGGAAAAGGUUCAAUUCAAUGUUGGUAGAUAAGUAUUAAAAAAAGUAAUAAAAUAUCAACAUAUUUCUUUGAUUCCUAUAACAAUUAAAGUGAAGAAUAAUGAAUGGGUUUAAAAUUGUCAAUAUGGAGAAUUAUAUUAGUUAGCAAAUGGACAUUUACCAAAGCCAUCAUUUGGUGAUGUAGAGAUUGAGAAGAAAUUGUUUUAUAUUCAACAAUGGUUGGAUGGAAUGAGUUAGAAUCCUAUUCUAAUGAGAAAAGAAAUCUUAGAAUAUUUCAACGUACCUGAAUCAAUAAUAAAUAAAUAUGGAUUAGUUAAAAAGAUCGAAGAAGAGACUAGAAUAUAAAGACAUAGCAAUAAAUUCAUGAAUUCAAAUUAAAAGGAAUAUUUUUUAUCAAUAAAAUAAAUAAAAGUAGAGUGUUAUAACUCAGAGGCAUCCGAAGCUUAUACAGGAAUUAUAUACUAUAGUCUGAGAUUUACAAUUUAGAGUGAGAAAAGAUCAUUUGUUUCAGAGUGUAAGAAAACAUUAGAGGAGAUAAAAGAAGCCACUAAAAUAAUUUAAUAGGAAAGAAAUCUGAGGGUUUCACUUUAAGAUCAUGAGACAGUGAAAAAAUAAAUGAAAGCAAUAGAUUAAUUUUUAUAAGAAUUAUUCAGUCAUCAAUUUUAUUAUUGUGAUCAAUUAUUUGAAUAAUUUGGAUUAUUAUCAUAAAUAAAAUGA